GAUGUAACAAAUUGUUCAUCGGAUUUAACGAUUCCAUGGUAGUGAUGAGGAACGGUUUCAAUCAUGAACCGAAGAAAGCCGCUUGGACAGAUCCUCAGCGGAAACGCGCCGACAUUGCUCCGAGAUCCAUACCGGAUUCUGGUCGGAAUGAAGCUCUCACAAAAGGAGAGAAAGUUGAUGAAAUUUUGGAAGAAGAAAACCAACCCAAUUGUCUUGAUAAUCAUUGGCCGGUGUUUUUUAUGCCUAAAUCUAUACAAGAAUUGAAAUCAGAGAAAGCAAAUGACAUAGGCCGACGUCGGAGAAGCCGACGCCGGCCAGAAACGGUGCAAAAACCGGAGGCUUGUGAUGAAACGGUUUGGGGCUGGGCGAGAGAGAAAACGGUUAUUACUAAACGAGCUUUGCUACGCUCCAGAUUCAUGGCUCUACCGCAAGGUAACGUUCCAGUUAAUGAGAACGAGGAGCUAAGAAAGUCUAUAACAGAUCUACAGGUACAAGUUCAAAAUCUUACCGGAACAAUUCAAGAGAUGAACGUACAUCAAGACAGCGACAACGAUGAUUCAGACAUAGAUGGUUCAAGUCUUAACAAUGAAGAAAACACACAGUGGGAAUUAGGGUUCAAGGUUGAGAUCCCUAAGUUCCAUGGUGGUCUUGAUCAAGCAGAAGAACUUCUCGACUGAGCACAAGAACUAGCAAGCAUAUUAGAACAACAAGAGCGUGGUUCCGCGGUUGGAACUGUACCCGAACCUUCAAAAAGCCUUGUACGGAAUGCAGCCACUAUUUCAAAGUAUGGAAACGAAACUCUCAAACUAGGUGUAGUUGGAUGUUUCUGCUUGAUCGGCAUCACGGGAAAAAUAUUGAAAAAAAUUAAUAUCGAUUUUUGAAGUUGGUUAUUAUUUUUGCUUCGUUAUCGUUUGGAAUGAUUUUGCAAAGGUGUUUGAUCUUUCAUAUUAAGAGUUUUGAUUUUAUUUUAUUAGAAUAAAAAGAUGCUUUAUUA